UAUCAUGAUCAAUCAUCAACGAAUAAAUUGAAUUCAUAUUCACGAAUAAUAUGGCAAACAUUGAUGAUAAUCACUGUGAUUGCAACAAUUACCACAACCAUCUAUUUGGCCAUAUUUAUGAAACAAUUCAUCGAUGAUCGUAACAUCAAUGGUAUACGUUCAUCGAAUCCAUUACAUUCGAAUCAGAAUUCUGAUCAAGCACAAUUCGAUUCAUACGGUAGACAUUUGGAACCAUUGUGGCGUGCAUUUUUAAUUGCAAACAUUGUGGCCAUUUUAUUAUUUUCUCUUUACAUACCAUUGGCCAUCUGGUGGAAUCAAUAUUAUGUAAUGUUAAUAUUCAUUGGAUUCAUGUUCAAUGAAAUGAUAUUAACCAUUGGUACUGAAUAUUUUGCCGUACCAUAUCGUUUCGCAACAAUCAUUUAUUCAUUAACAGCCAUAAUUGCUCAUUGUUUUUGUCAUCAAUUUCGUUUAGAUAUAUUGAAUGAAAUGAAUAGUAAUGAAAAAAAAUUGCUUCAAGUUAAGUCAAACGAACCGUUUGAUCUUCUUUAUUUUGUAAUAUAA